AUGUUUCCUAUCACCUGCAAUGCAGUAGGGGAUAUUGUAGUCUUGGCGACUUUUGUUCUAGACAUCGCUCGCGCCUUGAGCGAAUCUAGCGGCUCGACCUCCGAGUAUCGCUCCUGCAUUGCCGAGCUCAACUCCCUUCACGUCGUACUGGCCUCUGUAGCUCGCGUCGCGGAAUAUACUGCCGACAUCGGGCUACAAGACGAAAUUGUGCGCGAGGCAGCAGAAUGCGCCGUCGCUGUGGAACGUGUGCUCGAGCGCGUGGCUAAAUUCUCCUUAUUGGAUCCUCGCGAUUCCUUGAAGGGCAUGCCUCUUAUCAGGAUGAAACGCCUGUGGUACAAGCUUGAGUGGCGCUUCUCUCAGCGCGGCCGAGUAAACGAAUUCCGCGCGGAGCUGGCCGUAGCCACGCAGCGCCUCACGGCGUAUCUAGCCGUUUUGAAUGCGGACGCUGCCAACACUCUGCGCGAAUCUCUGACACAGCACUUCAACGUAUGGACGGCAGACGUAUGCUCACAUCUUCUCGAGCAAUUCGCUGUCGCGGGAGCACACGACGUGCGAGUUUCGCCAGCCACCUCGGACAACCCAUCCAUCCAACGCACUAACCAGCCCGAAAGUGCUCAAGUGACGAGUGAAUUUGGCACUACUCUGGAAGGCAUGGAUAGCGGCAAAACAGUGGCCGUAGCCCUGUUGUGUGUUGCGAUCUGCACGGUGCACGAUACCCCGCAGGCAGUCCAUACUGCCCUACUACUCGCCGCAGUGUGCCUGUUACUGCAUGGUAUGACGCGCAAUAGCUACUCGAGAUCGCGUUCCGUCGGCUACUGCCCGUCCAACUCGAUGGUCCUCUUCGAUGCGCUUGGGCGACGUCUGAUUCUACCACUCGAGCUAUGCGAGACUUACGAGAGCUUUCACGCCACACUUCUCAACCUUUUCUCUCAGUCAAAAGGUCGCUGGUUCGUAGACAGAUACAGAUACGAGCUUCUGGAUCGUACCAGAGGCGACACUGUGUCGCGUGAGAGCUGGAAAGGCCGGAUGCUUCCAGGCCAGCAAAUGGAGAUGUACGUUCUCGUACAGCAGAUGAGUGAUACCAAGAGAAGACGCAUCGAGUGUCCUUGGUGCUUUGCAAUGAAUACCAAUGAUCAGGUACCCUCCUCACGCGAUAUUGUCUGUAAACAAUGCAGCAGGUGCUUUGCUAACAGCAACGUGCCGUGGCAACACUCGUCGGCCCCAUACAGAGCUUCAUACAUAGAUGACGUCGACGUAGCAUUUCAAACACACAUCAAUUUCGACGAUUGGGGCGUGUAUCCUCGGUCGAGGGCGCCAUUGGUGUGUGAGAAGAUAGAUAAUGCACCCAAAGGCGAAGUCAGCCCAGUCUGGCAGACGCAGAUUCGCGAUCUCAAGCGCAUACAUGUUUUCACCGUACUUCCUCCCAAUCUUUGGGUUACGAAGACUUCAUGCCGUAGUGAGCUACACAGGGCCGCUGAGAACGACCACGCCGCAUUCGCACUCGCGCUUCUCGAGAAAGGCGAGGACAUUGACUCCCGCGCAGCAUCUGGGCAUACUGCUCUUCAUUGCGCGGCGACUCAUGGUUAUCUGCGUAUAAUAUCACUCCUCAUCGACUACGGCGCGGCCAUCGACGCUCUAGCAGACGAUGACGCAACUCCCCUUGCGUGCGCCGUCAUGUUUCAUCAGCGGGAGGCCGCUUCCUUACUUCUGGCCCGAGGUGCAAUUGUCAAUGCAUCGGAUAGGGCCAAAGCCGUCGUUCUAUACGCCGCCGCUGGGACAGACGACGUCGACACUGCGCAGGUGUUGAUCCGCCUCGGAGUCGAUGUGAACACACGAUUCGCGAACGAGAACGAGACAGCGUUGCACGUAGCGGCGGAGAGCGGCAGGAGUAGACUUGUCGAAGUCCUGCUUCGGCACGGUGCCGACGUCAAGGCACGUACAACUGGCGGCAAGACCCCACUUUUACUGGCAUCGGAACGCGGGCAUAGAAAUGUGGUGACGAUGCUCCUUGAGAGUGGUGCUGUAUAG